UUUUGCUUUGUUUCCAGUCAGAUAUCGGAACCUCGAGCGCUUGAUUUCACCUCAGCUGAAACUCUUCAAAAACGUGCGCACGACUUCCCGCAUAAGUGCUUUUACAUAUUUAACGUCAUUACCGUGUUAUUUUGAGGGCUCGCGAACAAAAUAGACGUCUUAACACACCAAAGACGUUCUCAUCUAUGAGCUGGGAUCGGCUGUGCCCUCAUCAAACUUACAUGAGGGCCUCCCGGUGUCCAGUUUGGCCCUGCUGAUCCUGGUGCUCAUUCCCUGCGUCCUUCUGCUCCUGCUGCUCAACUGCCUGGUUGUGGGAUACAAGCUGUUCCGCAUGACCCUGAGGAAGAGAGACCGCUCCGGUUCGGAAAUCUCGCUCAUGCACUCGUCGUUUUCCACCCGCCAGAGAAUCACCCGCUUCUCUGAUGAGCCUCUGUUCGCUCCAAACAGAAAGACCAGCUACGUCUCGGUCUCGGAGCCGAUGCUGGCGCCUCCCAUCACCUCGUCCCUGACCUCCUCAGCGGAGAGAAGGGCCACCGGGCAGCGCGCCAGGUUUCUACGCCCGGAUGGGGCCACUUACGCCGGGUCCGAGUCACUGCGCGUGCCAAACUGGAGGACGAGCGCCCCGGUUCUGCUGCAGUCCAGUGAUUCGGACACGGAGCGGGUCAACACGGUGCCCCCGAACUCACCAGCACUGCAUGUGACUCCAAAUGGGUUCUCAAAGCCGGUGACUUACAUGCGUAGAAGCAGCACCAUGGAGCUGGAGAGCGCUCCUCUGGAUAAGAUCCAUGUGGAAUGUGAGUCCGCCAGCAUCAUCCCGCCGGAGAACUCCUGCUAUGUGGUAUCGUCAAGCCCCUCGGCUGGGGGUUCUGGACUGGACACUGACUUUGGAGCCAGUGCAGGUGUAUCUCUGCGUAUCCUUUCUAUGGACAGUGAUGGUUUCCCGGGUUCUGCCUGGGCGUCCGCUCUAGAAUGGGAUUACUACGACCCAAGUUACGUCACUCAGAACCACGUCCCGAAGCACAGACCUCACGCACCCCCCAUCACUACCAAACAGUACUGGGUCUAGAGCCUGAACAAGAACUUCAGAACAAGACUCAAUUCAGCCAUUCUUAUUCUAGAACUUCAGUUGAGCUGAGUCUAGAUUUCUGUCUGGGUUCAGUGCACUCAAAAAAUGUUCACUUGCUGUUUUAACUGCAACACAUCACAUCUUGUCAAAUCACACACAAAAAAAAAAAAGUUCAUGAUCACAGCUUACUUCCGCAGCAACUCCAAACAGGUUUGUUCGGUUUAGAAAAAUGUGUUUAUAGAAUCACUCUACUGUUGCUCUCACUUUAUAUCACUUUGUUCGACACUUUCGAUUUGUCACUUUUUGUAUGUUUGCACGUGUUUCUCAGCAUGGAGUUACUGAGGUCUUCAGAAGAGGCUGUUUUGAGUCCUUCACAAUUUUGACACCCUACACAUUCUUGUAUUUGUAAACAAUUUCGCAUUUCGAUUGCGCCUGAAUUGAAUAAAGUUUUUAAAAACA